AUGGACGCCGUCUUGGAGCCCUUCCCGGCCGACAGGCUGUUUCCCGGAUCCAGCUUCCUGGACUUGGGGGAUCUGAACGAGUCGGAUUUCCUCAACAAUGCGCACUUCCCCGAGCACCUGGACCACUUUGCCGAGAACAUGGAGGACUUCUCCAACGACCUGUUCAGCAGUUUCUUUGAUGACCCUGUGCUGGACGAGAAGAGCCCUCUCCUGGACAUGGAACUGGACUCCCCCACGCCGGGCAUCCAGGCCGAGCACAGCUACUCCCUGAGUGGUGACUCUGCACCUCAGAGCCCCGCCAUGCCCAUCAAGAUGGAAGACACCACCCAAGAUGUGGACCACGGAGCGUGGGUGCUGGGACACAAACUGUGCUCCGUCAUGGUGAAGCAGGAGCAGAGCCCGGAGCUGCCCGUGGACCCGCUGGCCGCCUCCUCAGCCAUGGCCGCCGCCGCCGCCAUGGCCACCACCCCGCUGCUGGGACUCAGCCCCCUGACCAGGCUGCCCGUCCCCCACCAGGCCCCAGGAGAGAUGACUCAGCUGCCAGUGAUCAAAGCCGAGCCCCAGGAGGUGAACCAGUUCCUCAAAGGGACACCAGAGGACCUGGUGCAGAUGCCUCCGACGCCCCCCAGCAGCCACGGCAGCGACAGCGAUGGCUCCCAGAGUCCCCGCUCUCUGCCCCCCUCCAGCCCUAUCCGGCCCAUGGCCCGCUCCUCCACGGCCAUCUCCACCUCUCCGCUCCUCACCGCCCCUCAUAAAUUACAGGGGACGUCGGGGCCGCUGCUCCUGACGGAGGAGGAGAAGCGCACCCUGGUUGCUGAGGGCUACCCCAUCCCCACCAAACUGCCCCUCACCAAAGCCGAGGAGAAGGCCUUGAAGAGGGUCCGGAGGAAAAUCAAGAACAAGAUCUCGGCCCAGGAGAGCCGCCGUAAGAAGAAGGAGUACGUGGAGUGUCUAGAAAAGAAGGUGGAGACAUUUACAUCUGAGAACAAUGAACUGUGGAAGAAGGUGGAAACCCUGGAGAAUGCCAACAGGACUCUGCUCCAGCAGCUGCAGAAGCUCCAGACUCUGGUCACCAACAAGAUCUCCAGACCUUACAAGAUGGCCGCCACCCAGACUGGGACCUGCCUCAUGGUGGCAGCCUUGUGCUUCGUCCUGGUGCUGGGCUCCCUCGUGCCCUGCCUCCCCGAGUUCUCCUCUGGCUCCCAGACUGUGAAGGAAGACCCGAUGGCCGCUGACAGCGUCUACACCGCCAGUCAGAUGCCCUCCCGGAGCCUCCUGUUCUACGACGAGGGAGCAGGCUCAUGGGAGGAUGGCCGCAGUGCCCUGCUGCCCGUGGAGCCCCCGGAUGGCUGGGAGAUCAAGCCCGGGGGGCCGGUGGAGCAGCGGCCCCAGGACCACCUGCAGCAUGACCACCGGGACAGCACCCACGAAACCAGCAAGUACCUGAGUGAGGCCUGGCCGAAGGACGUCGGCGGGAACAGCACGAGCCCUGACUUCUCCCACCCUGAGGAGUGGUUCCAUGAGAGGGAUCUGGGCCCCAACACCACCGUCAAGCUCUCCUAG